GACUUUUUAGCAUUACAGCGCCGAACACGGCCGUCAGUUCUGGUGGGAACUUUGCUACGAGCGGUAACGAAAAAAUCGUCCAGCCGGCCUUUCGGUGUUUGAGUUUUGUACAAGUGCGCUGAUCAUCAACGCCCAGAGCGGGGUUCGUCGCUUCGUUUUUUUUCUUGUUUCGUUGUUUCGCACAAUCAAGGGAACAUUUUCCUCGGAGCAUCAACCGACAACUUUAUAGUUGGUAGCAAUCGGCAGUGGAAUUUUGCAAACCUCGCGUGAAUUGGUGAUGCCUUUUGAUAGGCAGAUGAAGGAAAGCGUGAAAUUGCCCGAUCGUGUCUGAAGUAACUGGUGAUAAAAGGUGAAUUAAGCGAAAGGCAAUAAAAACGUGACAAGUGAUUCGUUUCUGAGGAAAUUUGACAGAUCGGCAGAAAGGUGUAUCCCGGAUGCGUGGGAUUGAAGAUAUGCUCUCAGUGAAGUGAAACCUUACAUUUUCGGUUAAGGAUAAGAAAACAUCCAAAGUGUUCAAAGCCUGUACGAUCUAGUGCUUACGUUAAAAAAAAACCUGAUAAUUUACAACUCGAUCCUGUUUAAAACGAAAAGUUUUUCUCAGUGCCAAUCAUCAUGAGAAGAUUGAUCCUGUUCGUGGGCGUUUUGGUGACAGGUGUGCUGUCGCAAGGAUUCUUGCAGCCGCCUCCUUUUAGACCGCCAUCAAAAAUACAACGACGUCAGCUAUCACAACAGCAGCAAACGCACAUCCUUAGCGACAUCCAGCAACACCAGCACCGAUUCAACCUACAUCAAGGACAACGCCCAUCGAAUGUAGUCAUCCAACCAUCGAUCCAGCUGCCGAUUUCCCAGCAACCUCUCAACCAGCGGCCAUUUUCCAACAACAACCCCUUCCAACCAAACACGCCGACCUUCAACAACAAACAAUUACCACCUCAAGCACCACCCGCCAAUUUCAGACCCCUACAAUCAAGCAGACAGCCACACACCAGCUUCGGAGCACAAGUAAAUCGAUUCUACCUCCAACACCAUACACAAACUGCUUUCAUUCCAAAUUUUUUACGAAUUUUACAGCAAGACACACGACUUCCCCCUCCACUGUCAUCACCACAUUCUUCAACACAACAGCAAAGACCCGUCCAGAACACACUUCAACAACCUCAACCGCAGUUUUUCAACGGGCCAAAGCUGAGUAACCAGCCAUUUGGAAAUGGCGCAUUCCCCACUGAUAACACGUUCAACUCACAACGCAUCCCUGAUACACGACCCUUGAGCUCAUCCGUCCAAGGGCCAUUCCUCCAACCGCCAGCUUUCCAAACACCACAAUCUUCCAAUACUCAAAUCCGCUUCCCAUCCAAUCCACAAAUUCCACAAGCUCAAGCACUCUUCCAAGCUUCCGCCCAACCACAAUUCCCGCCAGCCCCACAGGCCACAUUCGGACAGCCGAUUGUGCAGCAACCCUUCGAUACAAAUCACCUUCGCUCCGAAGUUGUCCCACUUGCCCAACAACCUCUACAGACAUCCAAUUUCAAUCCAUUUGCCGCUCAACAACCACAGCAACAACAGUUCAAUAGCUUCCCACCUGUACAAAACGUUCCAGUUUUUGUCCCCACUCAAAACCUCAACUCCCAACCAGGAGUAUUCCCUCAAAUCCAACCAGCUCCAGCCCAGUUGAACCACCCUCAACAGGCAUUCCCAACUCCCGGUCAAGCACCUCUUAACUACCAACAGCAACAAGAGCUUGAAAAACGACUCAACGAAGAAAGCAUUCGCAUUCGUGAGCUCCAAGAGAAACAAAAGAUCAUUCAGAAGCACGAACAGUUCCUCCAAAAGCAAUACCAGAAGCAACAGGCUAAGGUUCAACAAUUGCACCAAGACUUCCUCAAGAAACAACAGAAGAUCAUUCAACAGCAACAGCAAGAAUACGAUACCAUUCGGAAAACUCCUACUUCAUCCAACACUCAAGCCCUACCAUCUGAGCGCACGGUAUACGAAAAAGCCACCAAAUCAUACCAAAAACCAAGCGUAUCAACCACGGCGACAAACCCAAUCUCAUCAACUACAGAAAAUGUUCUCUCCGUCAUUCCAAUCAAGUCAAACAGCAAAAAAGAUUACACAACUAUAAGCAAGACCGGCUUGGAUGUCCUUCUCCAAUCCAAUCGGCAAAAUCUCUUCGAUGCGAUCAAAUCAGAAACCUCUAAACCCACCAAAGCCCGCCCAACCAAAGUGAAAUCUACUAAGGCUCUUGGACGUGACGAACUGCUGAAACAGUUGAGACUUGCCCUAGCUGAACAGGGACCACAAGAUCUGGGAAACAAAAACUACAGCGCAACUGAUCUAGUACUUCCAAAUGGCGAGAAAGUACAAGUUAUUCGUACAACGGAUCCAGAAAUCAUCAAGCGAGCUAAUGUGAACUCAGAAGCAGUCCUUACCCAGCAACUAGACUCUCCCACCACUGCUAAACCUUUGUCAUUCGAAGAAAUUGCAAAGAGUGGUCUUCUUCCUCCAGGAGCUGACUUUGAGCUGAUCAAACAAUCUGAAGAUGGACGAAUUGAAGAUAUUGCUAAGAUUCCACCACAAAAGAAGGUCACAUUCGUAUACCUAGAAGAACAAGAUGAUGGCUCUUAUAAGGUUCAAGGAGUGAAAGGAAGUAGCGAUAAGGAAACGAAAACAUCGGGUGCUGAUGUCGAUAGCAUUUUGAAACGAAUCAAAAACGGUGAAAUUCAGUUGCCACCUCCAUCGAACAAGGCCGUGAAGACUCCGGUUAUUGUUGAAGGACCAUCGAGCACUACUACACCGAGAGUAGUACCAGUUCAAAAGGCAAACUCCGUUACCAUCAUUCCUCACAGCACACCACUCGAGAGCCAUCACCAUUCGACGAACUUCGUAGCCGAUCACACUAUUCCCCGAACAGCCUCCUCUCCCGCUUCGACGACAUAUGUCUCAACUGCGGCGCCAUCUAGUCCCAGCCCAGUGUCAGCUUACUCGCCAAGCACCUACUCUGGAAGUACAAUCCCUCAAUCAUCAACCAUUUACUCCACCCAAUCCCCAAUUACCAACUAUUUCCAAAACGAUAAUUCCAUUCUCUACAAUGGAGUCAGCUCCACGUACGCCACCACUGCCUCCCCACCAACUCCAAUCACCCCAGUCCCCAGCACGACCAGCGUUCCUCAAUUCUCGACCCGUCCAGAGAAUUACAUCUCAUCCUCCACCAUAGCUCAGCACACCGCCAGUUCCAACAUCUACCAGCAGCAAGCCACCGGAAAGUUCGACAUAGUGCAUCCAACCGUCCCCGCGCCCAUCACUACAGUGACCGCACAGAACACCUACCUCCAGCAGCAGUCGGAACAUUCGCUACCUCUGAUACAGCAGCAGCAAACGCAGCCACAGCCCACGCCUCAACCUCAACAACCGUCAACGGCUUCUGAGGCGGCGACAUCUCCCGCGUCUGCUAAUCCCAACGAACUGCCAGCCAUUCUCAAGAAAAACGGACUAUUUGCUAUGGCCAAAUAUCUCCGCCAGUCUGGCCUGGAUACGAUACUGAACGAAACCGGCCCGUACACGAUCUUCGUGCCGACCGACAAAGCCUUCCGCAGUCUCCUAGUGCAACUGGGAGGACCGGAGAAGGCCGAAGAGAAGUUCAAGAACAAUCCGCGGCUGCUGAGUGGGCUUCUGUUGCAUCACGUAAUCCCAGGUUCGUUCGACAUUGGAUCACUGCAGGACGAAAUGACCGGUGUGUCUUUAGCUGGAACGCAGCUGCGAGUAAAUCAGUACAACAUGCACGACUCCGAGUGGAAUGAUGUUAAGGUUACGACAAUCAACGGUGCCAUGGUCGUUCUGGACAAACAGGACAUCGUAAUUCCGCAAGGCGUUGCCCAUGCCGUGGAUCGAGUGAUGUUCCCUCUGCCAGUCGGUGACAUUCUGCAAACCCUACAGUCGGACAGAGAACGACGGUUCACACAUUUCCUGCGGGCACUGUACGCAUCGGGAAUGUCCGAUACACUACAGAACAAAGGUAUCAAAACGUAUACAGUAUUCGCCCCGACCGAUGCGGCCUUUGCCAACUUCUCGACCGAUGAGCUGAACAAACUAGUCACCGACAAGGACCAGGCGGAGGAGCUCGUCAAGAAGCAUGUCGUUCCCGGCACUCUGUUCACCGCUGGAAUGAGGUUCUACCAAGUCAAGGAUGCCAUGGCCGAGGGUAAAACGGUCACGUUACAGAAGAGUGGAGGUAAAAUCAAAAUCAACGACGGAUACCUGCAGACAUCGAACAUUCCCACGACGAAUGGAGUGAUUCACGCCAUCGAUUCGUUGCUGUAGGACCGAUUACCCCAUUUCAAAAUUUCCCAAACUCCUUUUGAAUCAAGAGAAGGAAAACGCCAUCUCCACCAAUUCUGGAACGCAACGGAAGGAGACCAUACAAAACACUUGAAUUUCCACGUCCGUAGGUGAAAAUUACCAGUGAACUAGAGCGAUGUUUGAAAUGAAAAAAAAAAACAUUAUUUCAUGACCACACAAACAUACACACAACCACAGAAUCAUUCCAUUUUGUUUCGAAUUACUAUUUAUUAAACACGAAUCAAAUUCGAAUAACCCUCGGCAAGCACAUUAAAAAA